ACUUGCUAAUAAAUCCAACAACAAAAAAUAUAAACCAUCAUUAUUUCGUGCAACUUGGAAAGUCUACGGAAGUCGAUAUUAUGUUAUAGGCUUGUUUCUAUUCAUUUAUACAACAUGUCGUUUUAUUCAACCAUUUGUAUUAGCACGUUUUACUCGAUAUUUUGCACCAUGUUCAAAUGUAUCAUUCACUGAAGUUAUAGUUUUAGCUAUAUUAACAAGUGCUUUUCCUUGGAUUAUGUUUUUAACUCGUCAUACAACAUUCAUUGGAACUUCUCUUGGUGGUAUGCGUCUCCGAUGUGCAUAUAGUGAACUUAUAUUUCGUAAGCUUAUGAGAUUAUCAAUGGGAUCAUUAGGAAAAAUUUCAAGUGGAAAAAUUGUUAAUCUGUUAACGAAUGAUGUUCAAACAAUUGAACGUUUAGCAAUUGAUGGUCACUUUCUUUGGGUUGGUUUACUUGAAACAUUUGUUGUACUUGUUAUUCUUUGGUCUCGUGUUGGUAUUACAAUAUUAUUGGCUAUUAUUUAUACAUGUUUUGUAAUGAUUUUACAAAUGAUUUAUGGAAAAUGUAUUCAGUUGAUAUGGACGAAACGUGUUCGAAAAACAGAUUUACGUAUUAAAUUAAUGAAUGAAAUUGUUAAAUCAAUACAUCUUGUAAAGAUGUAUGUAUGGGAAAGACCAUUUCAACUUAAAGUUGAACGUGUAAGGAGACGAGAAACAGUGUAUAUUAUUCUUCAAUCGUUAGUAAAUACAGUAAAAAUUGUUAAUGCACACGCAUUUCCAACAACAUUUUUUUUGAUUAUUUUUGGUCUUCUUUGGUAUCGACGAGCACCAUUUGAUACCGACUUUUUUACAAUAGCAUUUGUUUUAAUCUCUUAUCUUCGUCAUACAUAUUUACAUAAUAUGUCCAAUGCUUAUACAAAUCUGUCGCAAUAUUGGGCUGCAUCAAAUCGUAUAAAAGAAUUUUUAAUGUGUGAUGAAUAUAAUCGAUCAAAUGCAAUUGCUUAUCAUUCAAAAACUGAAAAUGAAGAAAGUGAUACUUUAUAUAUUAAUGUUCAACAAGUAUCAUCAAAUUGGGAGGAAAAUUCAUCAUUUGAAUUAAACAAUAUUUCAUUUUCUGCUUGUGGUGGUGAUCUCAUUAUGAUCAUUGGUUCAAUUGCUUCAGGAAAAAGUUCAUUAUUAAUGACAUUACUUGGUGAAAUGCCAAUAACAAAUGGAAAAAUUUCAUAUAGUACAAAAUCACGUCUUUGUUAUGUACCACAAGAAUCAUGGAUAUUUUCGGGUACGAUUAGAGAAAAUAUACUUUAUGGUCUUGAUUAUGAUGUACAAAAAUUUUAUCGAUGUAUUCAUGCUACAGCAUUAAAUAUUGAUUUAGAAAAAUUACCAUAUGGUGAUUCAACUAUAGUUGGAGAUAAUGGAAUUAUUUUGUCAGGUGGACAAAAAGCUCGAUUAUCAUUAGCUCGAGCACUUUAUCGUGAUGAUGAUAUUUAUUUACUUGAUGAUCCAUUAUCAGCUGUUGAUGUUGAAGUUGGUCGACAUAUUUUUGAAAAAUGUAUUAUUGGAAAAUUACAAUUUAAAAUUUGUAUUUUAGUAACACAUCAAAUUCAAUUUCUUAAAUAUGCAACAAAGAUUAUAUUUCUUGAUAAAGUAAGUGUAUUGAGAAUAAACAAAUGUUGUCGAUGAAUUCAGAUUAGAUAUAAGCAAGAUAAUUCUGAGACUAACAUAUUUUCAUUGGAAGUAAUAUCUUUUAUAGUCAAGUAAAACUUCUAUUAAAUGUCAUAUUCUCACAACUCAUAAGUUCUAAAUUUUUAUGCGAAAAUUAUUUAGUAGUAAUCACUUCAAUAUUUACUGUUACAAUUAUAAUAGUAAAAUUAAUUUUUUUUUUUCGAAAACAACAGAGGGAUUGAACAGAUAAAUGUACAGAAUAGAGUAAAUGUUACUGAAUUAAAAAGAAGUAAUGAAUCACUAAGACGAAGGAUAUAAGAGGUCAUUGUCACUACUAGAAAAUGAUAUUGCAUUUUUUAUUAGCACAUGUAUUACUAAGUUUAAAAUCAGGACACAAAAUUGUUUUUGACCGGGACAACAAACAAUCAUUAGUAUGAAUGCUGAUCUAAGUGUGUUCAACUCUCAUAAACCUAAGUAUAACUUUUCUGAUACAUUCGAGGAGAAUCUUAUCGAUUUUUAUUAUUAAUUUCCUUCUUCCUAGUUAGAAAAUCAUAGGGUUAGACAAAUUCAACCACUUUUCGAGUCGAGUUAUUUUUGCCAUCUUUUUCGUUUCCUGUUUACUUUUUUUUAUGAAGAACAUUAACAACCAGUUUUUCAUGGCACGACAAUAACAACAAGAUAAGAACAGUCCUCCGUAAAAUAAAAUGAUACAAUUAAUAGAGACCUAUUAACAAAGUAAGAAUAGUUGAUGAGCGAUUAGUAAGGUCAUAUUUAUUGAUUGAAUUUGAAAACAAACUCUUUCUCUUUAUUUGUCGACCUCCUUGAUGUUUCGCUGUCGAAUGACAGCUUCUUCAGGAAUGUAUUUUUGAUUCAUAUCGAUUGAAACUAGAUAGAGAAAAAAAGUCAAUCAACAAAAGGAGAGAAUGGUCACUAUAGAUCAGACAUUCUUCCGUUUGAUAGAUAGAAAUAGUAAAUAGAUAGUGGAAGAGAAGAAGUGGGAACUUGAAAAUAAUUUUCUUUUGCUCCAACUAUAUCCGUCUUGCGUUGCAGUAUCUAAUAGAAAAUCAUCAGUUUCUUCUGAAAGUUAUUUUAGUAUUGAGUUACCAGCUUUUACUUAUUUGAAUAAAUGAAUGACUCGAGUCAACCACAUCUAACUUUCGAGUGUGAUUCAUGACUCAGACUCGUCCAGUCCUGUUUUCGAAAAAUCUACCAUCGUAUAUAAUGGUAGAUAAAAUCAAUAGGAGUUAGAUGAAUGCUACUAGCUUAGAUAGUAUGAACUUAUUCUGAACUAUCAUUCUCAAUGAUCGUAAAUAAUCUUUUAUAACCAUCUUAAUACUCAAUUCUGACCUUGGAAGGCUAAGGAAAUUUUAUAACUUCCGUAGUAUUGAUAAAACUUUAUAGAAUCUUACAA